UUGUCGGCUUCUUCACUGUAAUUUAAUUUUGCACACUCCCAAUUCCAACCCCAGUUUAGGGUUUUCUAAUUCCAUGGCUGCUUCUUCUUCUUCGUCGUCGAGAAUGUCGUGCUUCCAGUGCCAGGAUUCCACCUCCAAUCCCGCCAAUUUCAGAAACGGCUGGCGCCUCCGCAGUGGCGAGUUCGCUCAACUCUGCCCCCGCUGCGCUUGUUUAUAUGAUGAUGGAAGGUUCUGCGAGACCUUCCAUUCAAAUGAUGAUGGUUGGAGGGACUGUGGAUCUUGUGGCAAGCUAGUCCACUGUGGAUGUAUCGUAUCUUUCGGCACUCAUUUGCUCUUGGACUUUGGUGGUGUGAUAUGCAUGGAGUGCUCAAGGUUGAAUUUUCUAUUGGCACGUAAGCGAUGUCUGUCUCUUGAACCUGAGGUAAGAGCUAGAGAUCCUCGUCGGGAAUCAUCUGGGCAGGCCCCAGUUGAAGCCCAGUACUGGCCUUGGGUGACUGAUUCGGAACUACAGAAAAUCUCUCGAAACCCUAAAGCUACCAUCACUCCUCUGUUUGAAAAGGUACUAUCUGCUACUGACGCUGACCUUAAACUAGCACGCCUUAUUAUACCAAAAAGAUGUGCAGAUAUCGAUGGUAAUGAGUUGGAGUUCCAUUACCGAUACUGGCUUGAUGUGGAAGCAGGAUUUUUGUUUGGAGGGGCUCAGAGAUUAUAUGAUCUCAAAGAAAUGUCAGUCAGUGAUACAGUAUAUAAUUUAAGCGAGUUUCCAGAUGACAGUUUGUAUAGUCAUCACUGA